CUUCACUGUCAGUUAAUGAUGUAUAAUAAUGGUACUGUAGCCGAUAGGGCUACGGGUAGAACCUUUAUUUUGAAAGCCAUUCCUGGAGGCAGCCAUAGCUGCGGGUUGGUAUAUAGAGUUCAGUAGAGUAUGGGGGGACUUUUAUGUUGAAGCUAGGUUGUGGGGGCGGCCAUCUUGGCGGACUAUUUCAGUACCGCGAUAGUCCGCUAAAAUAUCGUUUGGUCUCGUUGGGUUUUGGUUGGACGCAGGUGGCAACAAGUAGCGCGUUUAAUGGGCUAAUUUGGAGAAUUUAUAGCCCUGCUUUGCAGUUUAAGCGAGUGGUUGGUAAAUAGGCUUUUGUGACCGUGGUAUAGCGGGGAUGAGUGCCGGCAGUAGAAUUGAGUCCGGAGGGCGUUUAAGAGCUGGUGGAACGCAAUAAGGGGGCCAAUACUGCGGUGGUACCGGGCGGCGGAGCUGGUGAUGAUGGCCACUGUUCUAUACUGGCUUUUAUAGGGAACCUCCUCUUUCCGGCACUGGGCUGGAUGAGGAUAUGAGCGUCUCAGUGUGUGCAGCAUUAACUACAUCAGUCAGAGACACCGAGCUGUUCAGGAUUCAGAAAUUCCAGAAAAAAAUUCUUCUCAUCUGAGCGCACAAGAUGGCAGACAGCAAAGAGCUUGUUCCAGCCCACGCCUUGGUGAGACCAGGAUUCAUUGAUGAGCUUGUCCCAUCAUCUAAGCAGAUCACCCUGGGGUACAACCGCUCCUACCGGUGUCUGGCCAAAUUCCCCAAAUGUGAGAAGCUGAUCAGGUCUCGGGCACUUGAAACCCAACUUCUCUAUUCAGCCUCUGAGGCUACCCUGUGGAAGUGUAUGGGUGCGAGCGAGAACCAAGUUUCAACUCUGUUUCCCAACCUGAUAGAUGCUGUGGAGAAAAAUAAACCAACUAUGGCCAUUCGAUACCUGGAAAAUGCAAGACACUGGAUCACUGAUAUUAUUCAGCAGGUAGACAAGAUAAUUGAAAGAUAUGAUCAGCACAAUCAAGAUGUGAGUACAACUAUUAGUGAUAUUAUCACUGAAAAGCGGAAGGCUGAAAAAAAGUCUCAUGACCUAUCCAACGAGAUUAAAAUAUUGGAGGACACUCUGGAGGAACUUAAUAAAGAAUUGACAAUGAUCAGCAACAAACUGAGAGAAACUGAGUCACGGAUUUGCUCCAAAUCACAUGAGCUAAAGACCUAUGUUAAUAAUGUGGCUAGAACAGACAAAGACCUUACCAUCAUUGCUAUUUUUGUGCCAAUCUUUGGAAUCAUCACCAAGUCCAUCUAUGAUGCAGCAACUGGCCCAGAUAUUUCUCAAAAAACCAGGGCUCUUGAAAAUGAACUGAAUCUGCUGACCUCAGAAAAGAACUCCAUUAAACAUCAAGAGUGGACUUUGCAGCUCAAGAUACAUACUGAAAAGGUGAAGUUGGCCCAGAAAAAAAGUGAACAGGGUGCUAUACCAGAUCCUGUCCCCCUCGGUGAGGUCCAGCAGUGUCUGACCAAAAUCCAGGAUAUUCUAAUUCAGCUCAAAUCCUUCUGGGAAAAAGUGCUUGCUAUGAUAGAUACCAUCAAACAUAAAACCUUCGUCGAUGAAGACCUUGUUGAUGAUACGGAGGAAAAAGAGCUGUUUAUUUCUUCGAUCCAGGAAGCAUCAAAGGUUUGGAAAAGUUUUAGCGUGUUCUGUGGUGAAGCUACUCAAACAUUCAGGGAGCAGACUAAAGGUGCUUACAAAUUCCUGGAGACUGACCCCUCCGCUCUCUCCAAUGAGGCAUGGAUGUAAGAGUAUGGCUCUGUGACAGCUGAAGAACAUGAACAUAUGAAAAAGUAGUGAUGUGCCGGCCAUCAGUGAGUAACAAACGAGACAGUUUAAGGAAUAACUAUUAUGUAUUCAGAUAACAAUAUCUGGAGUAUUAUAUAUGUAGCCUUCCAAUACUACUAUACUGUACUACAAACAGUAUAGUUUGGUUUGGUUUUGUUGCUGUGUUUAGGUAUCUUGGUGGGGUUAAGUGGCUUUUGUGUAGUAUGUAAAUUGGGUGGGAUUUUAGAGUGGAGCUGCAGCUUAGUUUUAGUAAUACGGUCCAGGAAUAAAGUGUUUGUUUUUUUUUUUCUUUUUUCUCUUUUGCUCCUUAUGCCGAUCUGCUUUUGUUUAACCCUGAUUUGUUGUUGUCAAAUGGAAGUUGAAUAAAUUGUGUUGAUUGGGAAA